AUGGAAAUUCCACGCAGCCUGGAGCGGCCAUGGACACCGCCAGAGAUCGAAGACCGACCAUAUGCUCGCACUCGCCCAAGCCAUCUCAACCUAUAUGGAAAUUCACCCUCGCGAUAUGCUAGGAAAGAGCAGCGUUGGCUAAACGAUACUGACCGUGUGCACGAGCAACCCUCGUGGAUGACCGAAACCUAUAGUCCAAGAACCCCGUUCACAGCCUCACGGCCGAAACUCAGUUCCCGUCUUACCGAACCCCUUCCGUAUACGCCCAAAAAACAGUACCACCUUGACGAGCCAUAUUCACAGCCAAGGGCCGUACCACGCUACCCCUACACGCCUGAUAGCUCCCAAAUAUUGCGUCGACACACUAUUAUCCCUACUUCCCCGCCACCAUGGGACGACUACUCGGAUCCCGCUUUAUCGCCCGUCCAGGAUGCUUUAUCCGCCUGUAUUGCGCAGUUUGAGGAUUUGAUCCAGUCGCAGCAGCCAGACGAAGAUCAGAUGGAAUAUAUUGUAGGGCAAUUUGAGGCCAUGGCAAUGCGUCUUUCAGCUCCAGAAUCGUAUGAGAAUGAAACGGGUACACAGUAUCCUUCACAUUUCAACCAGGGGGCUGGUAUCAUGCACGCAGACGACGGCAAAGAUGACCUUGCCGAAGCAAAAAGGCUGUACCACCAGUCGUAUGUUGCGGAAGUAGGCAACUAUGUCAACAGCGUACAAAAAUACGUUGACGAGCUGCGGAAGCGCCUGGAUGAAGUCAAGACGCUGAAUAGCAUCCAGCUAGAUGUCAUCAAUGACCUGCGUAAACAGAUGAAGACCGUCCGUCAAACUAUGCGCGAGGAGCUCGAAAGAAGUGGCGGUGUCGGUACCGGCGGUGACACUACCGGCGCGAUCGAGCACAAAGACGACUCCACAACCAGAAAAUUCGGCAUGAUGGACAGCUGGCAGACCCUUGUCAACGACGACGACGACGACGAUAUCAGCCAAGACGUAUCCCGGGAAAUCCACAACGAAUAUAACAAACUCGUCCGCAGCGCUGUACAUAACCUUACCUCAGAAGACCACGACGGCGAUGAUACUUACCACGCCACCCCUCGUCGUCCUACUGCUGCCACUCCUCCUGUUAUACGCCAAACCAAACGCCGUCUAAUCACCAUUAUCCGCUCGCCUCCUCGACGCAGCUUCUGGGCUUCGAUUGGUGAGGCCCUGGAUGCAAUGUCCGAGUUGUUGCUUGAAGAAUGA